AUGGCGUGUGUUGUUGUCCAUGCGGGUGCAGGAUACCAUUCAAAAUCUAAUGAGAAGAAGUAUAAUAGAUUAUGUUCUGAAGCUUGUUUAAUUGCCUCCGAGCUUCUGACUGUUGAACGUAAGCAUGCUGUGGAUGCUGUAGAGGCUGCUGUUGCCUACUUAGAAGACUGCCCACUGACCAAUGCAGGAAUCGGCAGUAAUCUAACUAUAAACGGGUUUGUUGAAUGUGAUGCAGGAAUAAUGAGUGCUUCUGCGCGUCGGUUUGCUGGAGUUGGAGCCGUUCGAGAUAUACGAAAUCCUGUGAAAGUGGCACGACUUCUUCUGCAAUCACAGAUCGAUUGCCCUUUGGGUGAACUUGGACGUGUCCCGCCAUCUGUACUUGUUGGUGAUGGGGCUCACCUCUGGGCAGCUUCAAAAGGAUAUUCUAUUGAUAACUGUAAUCUCACCACAAAGGCUUCACAAUUAUCGUGGGAGAAGUACAGAAGUUGGCUAGGCAUCGGUGAACCAACAGAUGAGAAUACGGAAUCCACCCAUUCUAUGUCGGAAUAUAGCUAUUUGUGUGAAUCCAAGAGAUCUCGCUUUGACACCGUGGGUGCUGUAUGUGUUGACUUAGAAGGGAAUAUUGCUUCUGCGGUGUCUAGUGGUGGCAUUGCAAUGAAAUAUGAAGGCCGUGUCGGCCAGACAUGCAUAUACGGAUGUGGUUGCUGGGCCGAAGAACUCAGCCCGUCUUCUGGAGUUGGUGUUGUCACUUCUGGUACCGGUGAGCAGUUAGUAAGAACCCAGCUUGCUCAGCGUUCUGCCGAACGAUUCACUGGUUCGUCAAUCUGUGUUCCAGAUGCAGUUCAGUCAUCUCUCAUUGAUGGGUUUCUAAACUCGAAAUUUCUUUCAUCGGAUGCUGAGAAGUCUGCUGGGAUAGCUGGAGUGUAUUCCAAUUUUGAAUGUGGGAAUCGUCCGGUUAUGGAGGUAUUUUUUGCACAUUCAACAAAGUCGAUGAGCGUUGGCCAUUACUUACCCAGUAUUAUGACAAAACCAUCUGUUCGAGUUACGCGGAAACAACCUGAUAAACCCAUAUACUUGGAGGUUUCAUCAUAUUUUGUGUAA